AUGGGCGACCCGCCCGACGACGACGCAGAGGUCGCCGUUGCCAUGAAUUCAGUCACCUUCGACCGCAGCAUCACGCCGACGCGCGGGCGCGGCUCGCCGCGGCACAACGCGGCGCGGGACCGGUGCCUGUCGCGCACGUCCGAAGAUCUGCGCGAGCUCGAGGAGAUCUCGCAGACCCUGCACGACAUCGUCGACGAGGGCGACGCGACGGCCAAGUCGUGGAGCGCGCGGAAGCGCGGCGUCGCCGAGGCCGAGGAGCGCGUCUUCGCGGCGCUCCGGCAGACGCGGCAGGCGCACGACGAGCGGCGCCGCGCCGAGCUCGAGGCGCUCCACGACGGCCGCGAGGAGGCCCUGGCCGCGGCGCGGCGCGAGUUGGAGGAGGUCGCGAGCUCGCGCGGCGCGCUCGAAGCGUCGAGCGCGGAAGAGACGGCGGCGCUGCGCGAGGCCCUCGAGGCGCUCCGGGAGGCCUCCGAGGCGCGCCAGGCGCAGCUCGUCGAGGAGCGCGGGGCGCUCGAGGCGCGGCACGCGGCGGAGCUCGAGAGCGCCUGGGAGGACCUCGAGGCGUCGCACGCGGCGGAACUGAGAGCGCUCCGCGCGUCGCUCGAGGCGCGGACCGCGGACCUCGAGGCCGUCCGGAGCCGCAGCGCGUCCGCCCAGAGCGACGCCGACGAGGCGCGGCGCGAGCUCGAAGCGUCGCACGCGGCGCAGCUCGAGGCGCUGCGCGGCGCGUUGGAGGCCGACGCGGAGGCCGUCCGGAGCCGCGGCGAAUCGGCCCAGAGCGACGGGCGGCGGGAGCUCGAGGCGGCGAAGGGCGCGCUGGAAGCCGCGCACGCGGAGGAGCUGGCGUCGCUGCGCGGCGCGCUCGAGGCCGCGCGCGCCGAGGAGCUGCGCGCGCUCGAGGCGCGCCACGCGUCGGAGAUCGACAUGGCGCGCGGCGACCUCGAGGCCGUCCACGACCGCCACGAGUCGGCCCAGGGCGAGGCCGACGCGGCGCUGGCCGCGGCGCUCGACGAGCUCGAGGAGGCCAGGGCCGCCCGCGGCGCGCUGGAGGCGGCGCACGCGGACGAGCUCGCGGCGCUCCGCGACGGCCGCGAGGAGGCCUUGGCGGCGGCGCGGCGCGAGCUCGACGACGCGACGAGCGCCCGGAGCGCUCUGCAGGAUGCCCACGCCGACGAGCUCGCAAAGCUGCGGGCGCGGCAGAGAACGCUGCCGGCGCCGCCGCCGCCGCCGCUCCUGCGGGGCCCGACGCUGCGCGGCGAGGCGGACGCGCUCGCGCGGCACUCGCUGAGCGACUUCGUGCUCGACGAGGUGCUGGCGUGCCAGGGCGGCACGCACUGCCGCCUCCUGGGCUCGUUCCGCGGCGAGGCCGCGCUCGUGACGCUGGACCUGCGCGGGCCGCUGCCGGACGGCGCCGCCCUCGCGGCCGCAUUGCCCGAAAUGCGAGCCGCUCUCAGCGGCUGGUCCGGCGCGGAGUACAGCUUCUACGCGGCGACGCUGCGCGCGGCGCCGGCGCCCCAGUACGCGCUGCAGAUCCACUGCCCGGCGUCCGAGGACGCCGUGCGCCGCGCGCGGCCGACGCGCUUCGUCACGCACGUCGAGACGCCGGAGCUCUACGCGGAGCGCGUCGAGCCCUACGUGCGGCGCCUGCCGCCGGCGACGUGGAUCGACCGCGUCUGCGCCCUCGAGGCGGAGCGCGUGCUCUUCGCCGGCGGGCCGGGCCGGGGCUUCGUCGUCGUCGUCGACAGCAAGUGGCGGUCGCACCCGCGGUUCACGCACCACGAGGAUCUCCGGGCCGCGUGGCGCGGCGCGCCCUGGACGGACGCGCUCUACCUGCUGGCCAUCUCCCGCGACCCGGCGCUGCGGUCCAUCCGCGACCUGCGGGGCGCCGGCGCCGCGGCCGUCGUCUCGGCCAUGCGCGCGGCGCUCGUCGCCGCGGCGCGCGACGUCUACGGCGUGCCGGAGGGCCAGCUGCGGCUCUUCUUCCACUACUGCCCGCGCUUCUGGCGCCUCCACGCGCACGCCGCGCGCGUCGACGGCCCGGCGUCCUGCGCCGCGGACCGCGCGCACCUCGUCGUCCACGUCGAGGACAACCUCCGCCGCGACCCCGCCUACUACCGCGACGCGACCCUGUCCUACCGCCUCCGCGAGGGCGACCGCCUCCACGCCGUCCUCGACGCGCCCGCGUAA